AAAAAAAAAAAGAAAAGCUGAGAUAAAUUUUUCAAAAUGACAAAAAUUGCCCUUACCUGCAAAAGACAGUUCAUUGUCCACCUCUCUUUAGUCCAAACCCAGGCCCUCCUCGACUCCUUUCCACGGCCACCGCCAUAGGUCACCGCUCUCUCCUCCUCUCCACCGCUCACGCACGCCGCCGAGCCAGCAGCCGGCGCAUGAUGCUUCGAGAUCCCUCUGUCCGAGUUUGGGAAAAUGCAGCGGAACAGCUUGAGGAGCGUCAGACCGACUGGUCCUAGUCCAAGCCGAUUAUUGUGUUCAAUGUGUUCUGGAAUUUGGCGUUUGUGGGGAUUGUUGCAGUAGUAAUGGGGUUGAGCGUCAAGGAGGAGCCUGAGGUGCCAAGAGUGUCAAUAAUGGGCGAAAUUUGCAUUGAAGGUUGGCGAUACCAUAGCAAUUCUCCGUGCCUAUCAAAUCUUUCAAUUUCGUUUUCAUUAUGGCCUCGAACAAGUUGCUACAUUUUUUUGACUUGCUUAUUUAAUUACUUUUUCCAAAUUGAAUUGGUGAAAAUAUAUGCUUUUUAAUAUUUCUUUUUAUUCAAUUUAUUGUGAAUGUUUUCAGUUUCGUUUUAAGUUUGUUUGGGAUUAUUAGCUGAUGAAUUAACCUAUUUCUGUGCAGAAUUCAUAUUGGAAAUUAAGUUUAAGAGCUUUAAACAUUGAUGGUUUUUUGUAUAAGUUCUGGUGAUUGUUGGAUGUAAAUAGAAAGUGUUAGGUGGAUGUUUUUAGGGUAGUUACUGACUGCAGUUAUCAAAGUUGCUUGUCUUGGAGUUGGAUAAUUUAAAAUGUUGAACCCAAAAGCAUUUCAAGGAUUUGCUUUUUUUCUGUAUCCUUCAUUUUUAUAAAGCCAAUUUGCAGAACUAGGGCGUCAAAAAAAUGGCGUGUUUUGCAGUGAAGGUGGUGGAAAAGACAAGAUCUGUGGCUAUUAUAUUCCAGGGUAUUUUAGUCAUUUCAUUUUGACUUAACGGGAAAAAAAGAAGGAAAUUGCAGGAACUACUCAGAACAAAGGAAGCUAACGUCGGCGACAUCCUGAGUAUUUGUUCAUGUGAAUAGGCUAUUUAGACAAUUUCGUCGUUCUUCAGGACUAUCUAAUUAAUUUCCCUUAAUUUUUUAAAUUGUUGCAUCGUGAUAGUAUGAAACCUCAACACUUCUUUUUAAUUAACCUGAUGAACUGUCAUCUUACGAAUUUCUAACUGUCGAAAUAUGACAUGUAAGAAAAUGACAAUGCCAUUUUUUAGCCUAAUGCUGACGUGGCAAGAGCUAAACUGGGUCGUCUUUGUUCUAGCUUAAGCAAAAGCGACCAACUUCCACUGGUCCAAAGGAAACCUCGUCCAUGUCUUCGCUUUCUCUAUCUGCUUCUCCCAGGCAAGUUUUAGAUCCCGCUUUAUCUUCCAUCUUUUCUCUUCCAUUAUUACCCUUAACCAAGUCCCAUAUUUACACCAAGGCAAAACCCAGAACCCACUUUCUCCUCCUCUCUGCAACCAAAAGAGAUGUCUGGACAAGUAACACAACCAACAAUGGAACGACACGGUACCGUCCAAGAAGACAAAAAAGACAACCGGUGUAUUUAGACCACAGUAUAGACAUGGACGAGCUAUUGACCUCCAUCAGCCAAACCCAAAACGAGCAAGAACUAUACUGUUUGCUUUCGCCCUUCAAAGACAGGCAACUCUCUAUUCGUUUCAUGGUCUCGCUUCUUUCGCGUGAAUCAGAUUGGCAAAGAUCCCUCGCUGUCCUUGAUUGGAUUAACGACAUUGCGCGUUAUUCUCCUUCUGUGUUCGCUUACAAUGUCGUUUUGAGGAAUGUGCUUAGAGAUAAACAAUGGGAAGUUGCACAUGGCCUGUUCGACGAAAUGCGUCAAAGAGCUCUUGCACCUGAUAGGUAUACUUAUUCUACGCUUAUUACUUAUUUCGGAAAAGCGGGUAUGUUUGAUUCUUCGCUUUUUUGGCUCCAACAAAUGGAGCAAGACGGUGUUUCUGGUGAUCUUGUUUUGUAUAGUAACUUAAUUGAGCUUUCGCGCAAGUUGUGUGAUUUUUCUAAGGCUAUUUCCAUAUUUAUGAAGCUAAAGAGAAGUGGGAUUACACCAGAUUUAGUUGCUUAUAAUUCAAUGAUUAAUGUUUUUGGGAAAGCUAGAUUGUUUAGGGAGGCGAGGAUGUUGCUAAAGGAGAUGAGAGAAGUAGGGGUCAUUCCUGAUACAGUGAGUUAUUCAACUCUUUUGAGUAUUUAUGUUGAAAACGAGAAGUUUUUCGAGGCCUUAUCUGUUUUUUCAGAGAUGAACGAUGUCAAGUGCCCGCUUGAUCUUACUACGUGCAAUAUUAUGAUUGAUGUUUAUGGACAGCUGGAUAUGGCUAAGGAAGCUGAUAGAUUGUUUUGGAGUAUGAGGAAAAUGGGGAUUGAGCCGAAUGUUGUUAGUUAUAAUACCCUUUUGAAGGUUUAUGGCGAGGCUGAACUUUUUGGUGAAGCUAUACAUUUAUUUAGGUUGAUGCAGAGGAAGGAUAUUGAGCAGAAUGUUGUCACUUAUAAUACUAUGAUCAAGAUUUAUGGGAAGUCACUCGAGCAUGAAAAGGCAACAAAUCUUAUUCAGGAGAUGCAAAAAAGAGGGAUUGAACCAAAUGCCAUCACAUACGCGACAAUCAUUUCUAUUUGGGGUAAAGCAGGGAAAUUGGAUAGGGCAGCAAUGUUGUUUCAAAAGCUGAGGAGUUCAGGGGUUGAGAUUGAUCAAGUACUAUAUCAGACAAUGAUUGUGGCUUAUGAGAGGGUAGGCUUGGUUGCUCAUGCCAAACGUUUGCUUCAUGAACUCAAAUGCCCGGAUAAUAUUCCUAGGGAGACUGCCAUCAAAAUUCUUGCCAGAGCUGGCAGGAUAGAAGAGGCCACAUGGGUUUUUCGCCAGGCUUUUGAUGCUGGAGAGGUGAAGGAUAUAUCUGUUUUUGGAUGCAUGAUUGAUCUUUUCUCAAGAAACAAAAAACCUGCGAAUGUCAUAGAGGUGUUUGAGAAGAUGAGAAGAGCAGGAUAUUUCCCAGAUUCUAAUGUGAUUGCUCUUGUUUUGAAUGCUUAUGGGAAAUUGAGAGAAUUUAAGGAGGCAGAUGCAGUAUAUAGAGAAAUGCAGGAAGAAGGUUGUGUUUUUCCAGAUGAUGUUCACUUUCAGAUGCUGAGUCUUUAUGGUGCAAGAAAAGAUUUUGUGAAGGUAGAAUCUCUACUUGAGAAGCUGGAUUCUGAUCCUAACAUUAACAAAAAGGAGUUGCAUCUUGUUGUUGCUAGCAUAUAUGAAAGAGCAAAUAGAUUAAAUGAUGCAUCUCGAAUCAUGAGUCAAAUGAGCAAAGACGGAAUUCUGAGAUAAUGACCGUUUUAGACGUUUAAAUCUGUGGUGUCUUGUUGAUUAUGCCAAUUGUUGUAUAGUUCACCUUUCUGCACUAAUUAUUUUUGUGAAUACUUUCUUGAAAAAUUACAUUUCUGUAAAUACUAAGCCUGCUAAGCCUGCCAAAAAUAGCACUGCUUUUGCGGACUUGUGUACUGUUUCUGUAGGGAUGUAAACAUAGCCUUCUUCCGAGCCUGGAUAAAUCUAUGAAUAAUCUAUAUGGCUGAAAAUUAAUGUGAUGUCGUUUGACUCUGGUGGAGAUUUAUUGUUA